GCUCCGCUGCUGCCGUCUUGCGCUGCUGUUUUCUACCCGUCACCGUCUCUCCGGCCCCGGCGUCCGACCAGCGACCGACCCGCAGCCACAGCCGCAGAGAGCCGUCAGAGACAUGUGUCACCCGUGUGCCGAGGAGGCGAAAGACCGCGGCUGCAAUAAAACAGAUAACCCAUCAUGAUUCCCAUCACAGAGCUCCGGUACUUUGCUGACUCCCAGCCAACGUACCGUAUCCUGAAGCCAUGGUGGGACGUUUUCACCGACUACAUCUCGGUCAUCAUGCUGAUGAUUGCAGUGUUCGGCGGUACGCUGCAGGUCACGCAGGACAAGAUGAUCUGCCUGCCUUGCAAGUGGGUGGUCAACAAGUCAUGCGAGACCAUGCCCCUCGCAAACAACACCUUUGUACUGGAACCCAAGGGCAUUCAGUAUGACCUCGACCGCCAUCAGUACAAUUACGUCGAUGCCGUCUGCUACGAGAACGAGCUACAUUGGUUUGCCAAAUAUUUCCCUUAUCUGGUGCUACUCCACACUCUCAUCUUCCUGGCCUGCAGCAACUUCUGGUUCAAGUUUCCACGCACAAGCUCAAAACUGGAGCACUUUGUCUCCAUCCUCCUCAAGUGCUUUGACUCCCCGUGGACAACAAGGGCUUUGUCCGAGACCGUGGUGGAGGAGAGGGAUCCCAAACCUCUCGCCAAAAUGAAUGGUUCGAUGGACAAGAAGGCUUCCUGCGUGAGUGAGGAUGUUGAGGCUAGCGUGCCCAUGCUGCAACGAACAAAGUCUAGGAUUGAACAAGGUAUUGUAGAUCGCUCUGAAACUGGUGUGCUGGAUAAAAAAGAAGGGGAGCAGGCUAAGGCUCUGUUUGAGAAGGUGAAGAAGUUCAGGAUCCAUGUCGAGGAGGGUGAUAUAGUCUACCGCCUUUACAUACGUCAGACCAUCCUCAAAGUGAUCAAAUUUGUACUUAUAAUUAGCUACACAGCCUACUAUGUACAAUACAUCAGGUUCAGUGUGGUGUGCACGGUGAACCUGAAGAAGCUGACAGGCUACAGCACGUUCUCUUGUGCCCACCCGUUGGCGACACUUUUCAAGAUUUUGGCCUGUUUCUACAUCAGCUUGGUUGUGGUUUAUGGUUUUAUCUGCAUGUACACUCUGUGUUGGAUGCUCACCCGCUCCCUCAAGAGAUACUCCUUCGAAUCAAUCCGAGAGGAGAGCAGCUACAGCGACAUCCCUGACGUGAAGAAUGACUUCGCCUUCAUGCUACACAUGAUUGAUCAGUAUGACCCUCUGUACUCCAAGCGCUUCGCUGUGUUUCUGUCAGAGGUGAGCGAGAACAAGCUAAGGCAGCUGAACCUGAACAACGAGUGGACCUUGGAUAAGCUGCGGCAGCGCAUCACCAAAAAUUCCCAGGAGAAGCUCGAGUUGCAUCUGUUCAUGCUCAGCGGGAUCCCAGACACUGUAUUUGAUCUGAUAGAGCUGGAGGUGCUUAAGCUGGAGCUCAUCCCAGACGUAACCAUUCCACCAAUCAUCGCCCAACUUUCCAACCUGAAGGAGAUGUGGCUUUACCACACCCCAGCUAAAAUUGAGGCCCCAGCUCUGGCGUUCCUCAGGGAAAACCUAAAGUCCCUCCACAUCAAGUUCACUGACAUCAAGGAGAUCCCUCUGUGGAUCUACAGCCUGAAGAACCUCAGUGAGUUGCAUCUGACUGGGAACCUGAGUGCAGACAACAAUCGUUUCAUUGUCAUCGAUGGACUCAGAGAGCUGAAAAGGCUCAAAGUGCUACGACUGAAGAGCAACCUUACCAAGCUGCCGCAGGUGGUGACCGAUGUGGGCGUGCACCUCCAGAAGCUCUCCGUCAAUAACGAGGGCACCAAGCUGAUGGUGCUCAACAGCCUGAAGAAGAUGGUCAAUCUGACGGAGCUUGAGCUCGUUCGCUGCGACCUUGAGCGCAUCCCUCACUCCAUCUUUAGUUUGCACAAUUUGCAGGAGAUUGACCUGAAGGACAACAAUCUGAAGACGAUAGAGGAGAUCAUCAGCUUCCAGCACCUGAACCGGCUCAUGUGCCUGAAGCUGUGGUACAACCAGAUCGCUUACAUCCCUAUUCAGAUCGGAACGCUCACCCACAUGGAGAGGCUGUACCUCAACAGGAACAAGAUCGAGAAAAUCCCCAGUCAGCUUUUCUACUGCCGCAAGCUGCGCUUCUUAGACCUGAGUCACAACAAUCUGACUAGCAUCCAUGCUGAUGUGGGCUUCCUCCAGAACCUGCAGUACUUUGCUGUGACAGCAAACCGGAUCGAGACUUUGCCCCCAGAGCUUUUCCAGUGUAAGAAGCUGCGCACGCUGAAUCUGGGAAACAACUGCCUGCAGACGCUGCCGUCACGCUUCGGAGAGCUCACCGGCCUGACCCAGCUGGAGCUGAGAGGCAACCGUCUGGAGUGUCUCCCCGUGGAGCUCGGCGAGUGUCGGCUGUUGAAGAGGAGCGGCCUGGUGGUGGAGGAGGACCUGUUCAACACACUGCCAUCAGAAGUCAAAGAGCAGCUCUGGAGGGCCGAUAAAGAGCAAGCUUGAGCCAAACCUCUGCAAUGAACUGUAGGAAGAGAAGUUUGAUUUAAGGGAGAAAAAAACAAGCAGUGGUUUUGUUUAUAAAGCGAGCAAAACCUUGGUUUGAGGUAUGCAGCAUUGUUUGCCAUGAGGGCACAGAGAAGUGACUAUGAAAGCAUAGACCACGGAUUUCUAGACCUCAAAGAUUUUUUUUUUUAAUCUCAUCCAACCUCGUGAUGAGGUGUAAUUUCAUCCUAAAUAACGGGCUACAGGGAUUCAAGCAGGUGACGUCAAACCUGCAUGCCACAGAUGGACCUGUCUCAAGCAAACUUCUUAUUUGGAAGAAGCCCCAAAAAGAAACAGAAGAAACUUUGCACGACUCAGCCUUGCCAUUGAGCUCUACAUGCUCACGAUCACUUUGUCGCCGGCUGUGGGAUACAUCCACAAACUGAACAUGCUCAAAGCAGCGUUUACCCUGCCAUUCCUCUGGCCUUGUGGCGCAACAUUUCACUUUAGACAUUUUUACAAUCACAUUUGCAGUUGUGAUGCAGUGUGACGACUGAAGACUGGCGGAUGCUGGGACAAAUUAACCGAUCUGAAGAUUUUGGUCUUCGUCAGGCUCUCGGACAAAAUGACUUUGUGAUGACGAUCAACAGGUCAUCACAGGUGAUCUCACAGCUUAGGCCUUAACUUACAAAGAAAAGCUGUCAGAUAUUCAUCGACAACAAAUUCUACAGAACAAAGUCUGAAUACCCUGCGGUAUUUGAUUUAUAGUGUCAGCCUGUGGGCAGGAUAUCGUUCAGCCGUAUUCACUGCGCAGUGGAGACAGAUCACAGCAAGGCAACACAAGCCUGCUGGUCAACAUUCAGAUUGAGGUUUUUAUACUAUUACAUGAAGGCAUUUCUAACAGGUUGUUGGCGGAGCUAAUCAAUGGGUUUGUGUUAGAACAAAUGCUUCAUAUAACAUAAGGAAAGGCCAAAUUUGCAAUACAAAAGUUCUCCUAUUUGCCAAUUUUCCCGUUUGGUCUGUCCCCUCACCACCUCCUGCUAUAACGUGGUAUCUCUUGCUACAUCCACACUAAUAUGUUUUUGAUUGAAAAUGCAUCAAUAACCUUCUCACAGGCUACUUCCUGGGAAAGUACCUAAGUAAGUUAAUUAAUGUAAAGCAGUUUGUCUUAGCACAGACAUAGUGUCAUGUAGAGAUAUAGGAAACCUGAAGUGGGUACAUUAAUAAAAUCUCCAGACAAACAAAUUAAGUGAAACUAUUUUCUGUAACAGGAGCUGUGUUGAAGAAAUGACCCAUUCCUCUUGGACUGUUCAUUUAGCUUCACACUGCAUCUUAUAUUGCACGACUAAACAUCACAAACUUAACUGAUGUCUUAUUAAUUAUGCGAGAUGGGCCUUGUUGAAACAAACUGGAAAAUGUAUUUUAAUUCUAAGAUACACAAUUCGGUGCUUUAAAAUGCUACCACACUCUGGUAUCAGGAUUGAGCCUCUGAAUCAAGCUUUGAUUUAAUUCAAUUGUUUUUGCCUGUAUAUGACAGAGAUAGAAGAGGGAUGACGUGAAUCAAAGGUCCCUGAGCACAACCAAACAAUAGAGGAUGCAGUGACAUGUGAUGCACUGUCACUAUACAGCCAAUAGAGCACAAAUGAGGCUACAUCCAUUCUGCUACGUUAACUAACGUUAACUCUGCAAUGGAUACACCUGGGGUCCACAUUACUCCGGAGUUCCAGAGCCACUACAACAGAGAAGUUUGGAAACACUGCUCUGUCUUAGUCCUAAUGGGCAGAAACAGGAAUGUUUGGAAACGCUGACGUAGACACUCACAACCUCUUUCUGGUUGGGUGGCCUUCUCUGAUUCGUCAGGCUCCUACCCCAAGAUUCAACGAGCCAAUGAAAACAUUGUUGUAUGGAUGUAGCCUAAGAAAUGAUUUUAAGAUCAUCAUUGGACAUACACCUGUAGUCAAAGAUCUUAGGUGACCUUUGUUCAAUUGAAGGCAUGUUGCUUCACUGACCAGAUGAGAAUUACACAAUGUCCUUGUGCUCACACAUUUUGCUGUCACUGUAUUAAAGCUACAGAGAAGCAAACAUUCAGAAAACUCCCCGUCACAGUAGAUGUCCUCAUCAUUUUCCACUUUCAAGUAACGCAAGCUUGCACAUUAACCGGAGCAGAAAUCAAGGUACUUUCUAUGCUUAGUAUGAACUAUGAGCCCUCAGAUGAUUAUUGCUUAUAUGACUCUUCCAAGUGGAUGAACUGUAGACGUGAGAGAUGACAGUCGUAACUUGCUGCCAGGUACUGCCUGUCUCAACAAGGCAAGUGUCGAUGUUAGUGACUCAAGUGCCCAGUAGUUUGCAUACUUCCCAUCGUGUUUAUACUCCUCAGUUCACUCCAGUGCUUUUUUUGUUUUUUAAUCCUUCAUGAGCAAAAUGAGGACAAGCCAGAAGUUUCAGAAAUAAGGAAACAGCUUUUAAACGACCUCCACCAGGGAAACAUUUAUUUGCAGGGAGAGUAUGCAGAGAAUGUGAUUUCAUGGUGCGUGCUGCAAAUUAGUGCGACAGCGCUUUGUGCGCUUGAAACACUUUUCUUGUUGAGACGUUGGAUUUAAUAGCAUCAUUUGGUGUAUUCCUGCUAUGUUUACUCCAGCCAGGAGUCUCUAGUUGCUAAUAAGGCCUUUCCCUUUACAAGCCGUACGCCCUCGUUAAUGAUCAUAAACAUCACGUCCAUGAGCUGUUGUUUCUCAUGUGAAAACAAAUGUUUGACAUCUCUGUUUCAAGCAUAUCAGUCGAUACAGUCUGUGCUCUUACUGUUACCAGCUGUUUUUCUUUAUUUCUUUACUUUAGCCAUUUAAGAGUUUCAAGUGAGGUCUCACUGUAGUAACAUGCGUGUACCUUUGCUCACAGUGAAUCUUGUUUUACUGAGGCCUUAGCUGAAUCCAAAUGUCCUUAGAGGUCACCAGUGAAGUGCUCCCACACAGUCUUAAAGGUGCAGUCCUGUCUGCUCGAAUGUGUUGACUAGCAACCGGUUCUAAAGGUUGCAGACGACGCCGGGCGCAAAGAGGAACAACUCUCAGCUCCUCCUGCAUGUGCAACAUCUUAAACAUUUUUUAUUUCCACUUUGGUGGUUCGCAUUUGGUUUCUUUUUUAUGGUGCCAAGUCAGCGCAAGAACAUGUUUUUCCUUACAUACCUGCAGAUAGUGUCUGUUAACCUGUUGGAUGCUAAUGAAAAUAAUAAUUGAGGUAUUGGCACAUUAAACUGCAAAUCUAUGUGCCUCUUAUUGGGCUGGAACAUUGGCUCUUUAUGGUGGAGCCGUGCUGCUGACUCUCCUGCAGUGCAUCAUAGUGUCAAAUUAGGACAUUGACAUGUUUUUAAUUUGUCUUGGCCUUCAUUUUCUGGUCAUGUGAUUGCAAAUCGAAUAGCCAAUGCUGUAUUUAUAUUUUUUCCCAUCCUUAUGUUGUGUUAAGGAGAAGUUCUGACAUAUACCCAACUUUAGAUUCAUUCUCGGUGGAGUAGGAGCACUACUUUACUCUGGAAAGUUCAGGAGUGUCAUAGAAGUAUUUCUCAGGGUGUCGCUGGGAUCUUAUUCACACCUCAUCAGAAUAUUUGGAUUUGCCAAAAUAGUCAUGUAUAUCUCUCCCUUUUCCAUUUCAGCUUGGUCGUGGUCAUUCCAUCUUAACAUUGUGACACCUGGAUUUAUAUCCAAAAAUAUUUCUUGGUUUAGUCAUUGGUCCACAGCUAUGACUUUUGUCGUAUUCAGUCCCUCACAGUCACUUCCCUCUGAGUCACGAGUGGAGCACAUUUAACCUGUGGCCCCAUUCCCUUUCCUGCACGUCAGCAUCAGUGAAUUAGAGCGAGUGUGCGACAUGAGGUCAGUCAUCCAUUUGCCCAGCAUUGAAAAGAGGAAUUUUAAUAGACAUGCCUUUGGGUGGCAAAACAUUUAUAGCUUUUAGGUAAGUGUCAUGUAUUUUUGUAACACAUUAAAUAACCACAAUCAACACGUUUAAAAGCUUUUUCUAUUCUGUGCAAAUGUGCUGAAAAUAGUUUUUUCUUGUCACGUUUGCUUUCUGUCAAUUUUAAGUUAAACCAUGAAAUAUUGAAACUGCGUUUGCUUGUGAGUUGUGUAUGCCUUAAGUAGUGCAGUUUGUGUGAAGCAGUGUAACUGAUCCGUUUCCGAGCCACAGAGGGUUUUAACGGAGGUCCCACAAUGACUUGCUUUUAUUUGUGGGGGGGGGGGCCUCAGCUCCUGUCCCUAAAAACAAGACAUUAUUUCCCAACCUAGAGACGACUCUUGACAAUCUAGCAUACUGUAAAUGGAGGUGAGCUCCCCUUCCAGUGUGCAUGGGCAUUGUGCAACCACCUCACAUCAUCUGUUAAUAUCUGUAAUAUGUCUGAGGAGUGAUCCAUUUUGGACAUACACAAACCAUUUCACUUGAAAUCAAAUUCAAAAAUGUAACUGCCAUGAUUGCAUUGACAUCUAAUAUUUACCUAUGUAUAAAAUGUUUUAAAUACAUGAUUGUAUUUACUAUGUAUGAAAUCCAUCUGCAUUCUGACGCCUGUAAAUCAGGGAUAUGUGAAAACAGUUGGUUGGUUUCAGGUUUCGUAUCCACUUCAUUUCACAGCAUGAGUUGCUUGAUGCUGAACUUGUGUGCAUUAUAUUCAUAGUGUAAGCUGCCCACGUACUCUAGCAACGGUCAUUGCUGAAUUCUAAGCCUGUAAUCUGUAUCACACAUGUGACAUGCGUGACAAGGCCUUUAAUAAUUAAUUGUUGCCAAGUGGCUCGGACACUGGCUUUUUAAGCGUGAUGUCUGUAUGUAUGAACAAAUUAACUUUUGAUUUCAUAAUGUUCCGACCCUACUUUUGUACCAUUGAUGAUGAAUAAACACUGAAUUAUGUCACAUAGAAUGUGUUAAUUCUCCA